AUGAUGGGGCUGCGUCUGGACUUGGGGCUGUUCCUGGAGCCCCUGGGCUUCAUCAAGGUCUUGGAGUGGGUUUUCUCCAUCUUUGCUUUUGCGACAUGUGGAGGUUUUCAAGGUGAAGUUACCCUCCUUGUUUCCUGUAAGGGAGUGGAAAACAAAACAGUUACAGCUGCUUUUGCUUAUCCAUUCAGGUUAAAUACUGUUGUGUUCAGCGUGCCGGAUCCUAAACGCUGCGAUGGUACUUGGACUGACUUCUAUCUUGUGGGCAACUAUGCCUCUUCUGCCCAGUUCUUUGUUACACUUGCAGUGUUGGCAUUCCUCUACUGCACUGCUGCCCUUGUCAUGUAUAUUGGAUAUAUGCAUGUGUAUCAGCGUAACAGCAAGUUUCCACUGACUGACUUAGCCAUCACUGUGAUAACAGCCUUUCUGUGGCUGGUCAGUACUGCUGCUUGGGCAAAAGCAGUUACUGACAUCAAAAUAUCCACUGGUGGCAGCAUCAUUCUAGAAGCCGAGUCUUGUAAAGCCCCAGGAACAACCUGUCUUCUUGAUUCUGUAACCCGCAUGGGAACUCUGAAUGUGUCAGUGAUGUUUGGUUUGCUUAAUAUGGUUCUGUGGGGAGGAAAUGUUUGGUUUGUAUACAAGGAUACCAACUUGCACAGCCAAAUAAACAAGACUUCUCUAAGCUCAGGAAUAUAUCCAAGAAGAAUAUAA